AUGAAGAAGAAUCAGUCUGUGCAGGGGACGUUUAGCAAACUCUUUGGGAAGAAACAUGCCAACAACACCAACAACACUUCCCUCUAUGCCACAAAUCCACCCUGGAUCUUCACGCAAGAGGUCACUUCUGAGGGCAGAGGUGGUCCCGGUGAUGUUGUUGAAUUGUAUUAUGAGGAUAAUCGCGUUACUACAGUGACUGAUUCUGGAACAGCAACGCUUAAGCCUCGGCCAAGAGUCCGACCGUUACUGACCUUCAUGCCCCUCAACACCCAGGAGACACAUGGAGUGGCUGUGCCAACCCCUUCUGUGCCGGAGGGCUUUGAAGAAAAAGCAUCUCUAGGCCUUAGGCCCCAAAUCAAUGGAAACUACAGACUGUACAAUUCAGUUGGAGACCUGCGGCCAAAGGCUUUCGAGAGGGACUAUCUGGACAAUGAUAUUCCUCCACCACCUCCAAUGGCCCCACCCCCACCUCCACCCUCCAUGGCACCCCCACCCCCACCAAUGGAAAUACCACUGCCUCCACCGUGCACGGCACCUCCACCGCCACCGCCGCUGCCACCACCACUACCUCCAAUGGCAGCAUCUCCGCCAUCCGUGGCUCCGCCCCUGCUUUCGUCUUCAACCGUAUCUUCUUCCAGACCGCUGUCCCCUCCGGAUUUCAUUCCUCCAGCACCUCCACUCGCUUUUGUGGUGCCCCCGGCGCCGCCUCUGCCCCCUCCAGCGCCUCCCACACUUCAUACUCCCAUCUCAAACGGCGUCUCCAAGUGGAAAUCAGAAACGGUUCUGAACAUGAGGCAGACGGACGCCAGGGAAAAUGCCAGCGCCUCCUCUCUCACUGUCACCACUCCACCGGCCUCUCACCAGAAGGAAGAGUCGCUGACCAAGUCCACCCCAGAACCUCACCUAACUUUCCCCAGAUCAUUAAAAGUACCUCCCGCUGCCCCAGUGAGAAGUUCAUCCAUUUCCAUGGAAGAAAAAGUUUCCGGUGAGGAAGAUGGGCCUAUUUCCAGACAGCCUCACACCCGCCCUCCCCUUCCGCCGAGCUUUACCAUAAGACCUGCAGCCAAGGUGCACUUAUCUGGAGAAGCUGAGCAGAAAUCUACCUUGGAUAGGCAGAUAGUAACAAAGCCCGUCAGACAAAUCACAGAACCCGCGAGCCCAAGACCAGAAGCUGAAAAGGACUUAGGUCCAAAAUCUGAGCUUCCUACUGCAGAGGAGGAACUGGACGUGCCCUCCCCAGACUACACAUCAUCUGAUGAUGACUGGAAGGAACCCAGUAAUCUAAACAGGCUGAAGCAAGAACUGUCAGUUCUGCUGUCCUCUUCUUCGAAAAGGGAGGAGAGACAGCUGGAUAAACCCAUAACUGCCAGACCUACCAAUAGUAUUACUGACCAUGCUAGCAAUGAUAGGUUUAGCUCUGUUGGGUCAAAACAAGCUAAACCUACUUUGAAGGAUCCACAGUUACCAGCAGGGGGGGAAAGUGAGAGGAAAGGGAAGAUACCUACUAAUUCACUCACUGCAAAAGAGAACUCCUCCUCGGUUUUCUCUGCUCCAGUCAAUAAACCCACCAACACGCAAGCAAACAGUGUUAUGAAAUUCAGGAACGAGCUGGAAGCACUACUCUCCCCAACAAAGGAAGCUAAACCACCAAUAGGACUUACAGAUCACAGACACAGUCCAGGCACAAACAGAGUUACCCUGAAUUCUGGUAGCAGCCAGACAAAUUCUGGUGACUCCAGGCUGCCAAAACCUGUUGCCAAUCAGCUCCCACCCACAGCAGCUUCAGUGGAAGUUGAGAAGACACAGGAGGAUCGUAAGACUCCCAGUGCCCUCACCAGUAAUAAGACUUUGGAGAACUUAAACCCUGUUCCGGGAUACCCGCCGUCUGACAAUGUUCGGAAGUCUCCAGACCCACCUCAGAAACCAAAGGACCAACUCUUUGUUCUAGCCUCCUCUUCACCCUCCUCUAUAGAGGCUACCUCUCCCACACAAACCUCUGGGCCAUACACAGACUUUUCUCUCGUCCAAUACAAGACCCAUCGGGCCAAGACCAGCUCCACAGACAGUCUAUGCUCUCUGACCCCCUCCCAAACUGUGGAGGAGGGGCCAGUCAGUACAAACAAACAUGAUGCAGAAAGAGGCACAAUCCUGUGCUCUGCUGAGAAGCCACGGGUACCUUCAGAGCCAUCCUCUUCCUCCAUGAAUGCAGACCAGGAGGAUGACGAUGCCCUGAUCCACCCAGUCACAGGAGAAAAGGUGGAGAAAGGCUCUCCAAUGGCUCUCCUCCUGGCUGCAAAACAGCGGGCCCAAAGAGGCAGGCAAUCUGCCUCCCGCCAGAACAGUUAUUUGUCCAAAAAGCCUCCCGUUAAGCUAUCCGAGAAACUCAGCAGCGGCAGCAGCAGCCAGUCAGAAACUGGCUCGACCAACUUCUACUACAGUGAGUCCAAGCCCUACUCCUUUGUGGUGGUACCAAAGUCCCCGCCAAAGGAGUCACCUGCCCUUUUGGAGGGAAAGCAGCAUGACAGGAUGGUCACACCUGAAGGCAAGGCACUGGGCUUCUCGGAACCAGGACAGAGAGCCUACAAACCACUGUCGUUCUCCAGCACUUCUGAGCAAAGCCAGAGCAUGCAGAAAACUAGCGCUGGGGAGUCCCAGCGCCUUUCCAAGCCAGACAGGUUUGGUGCCUCCAGUUUAGUUCAAGGCCUCCUGGAGUCCAGACACUUGAGACCACAAGACCUGCCCCCCAAACCUGACCUUCCCCUGUACGCUGCCUCUUCACCUCCUAGCUCCUUGCCCAAGGAGGAGGAAGAAAAUGGAGAGAAGCUUGACUUCGAGAUCAUCCCACCACCACCAGAGUUCAGCAAUGACGCCAACAGGGUCGAGGAAGCUUCUUCAAACGUGGCAGAGAGCCGCAGAGACCGCAGUUUCCCUGAUUACAGCCAACCCUGGGAAAGGCAGCAGAAUAUCCGACGUCCAAGCUACGGCUAUGGCAACAGUUACGUCCUGCCCUCCAAAAUGGCCCCAGACAGCGGUACGAGGAAUAGCGGCUUCAGUCAACAUUACCCAGGUGGCAGUUACUCCACUGGCCCUCCUGUCUACAGCGCAGACAGCCGCCCGCUGAUCAAGAAGCGCCUAUACGUGUCUGAACCCGAUAGGUCCUACACGAGAACAUCCACGUCCUCCAGGAACGUUAGCACACCCGUGACCUAUGGCCACAACAUGGUGGGGUAUGGCUCCCAGGCUGCAGAGGGGAUGCGCCGGGUCAGCUCCACCCACAGGAGUGCCCCCAGCAGCACGCAGGGCAGGCGGAUGUCACUGGAGCCCCCUGGGAAAACCAUGUCUUGUAGCAACACCAUGAACAAUGCCAAAUAUAAAGGGCAGAAUGGGGACUACUCUGCCGCCAGUGCAGCAGCAACCAGCAGGCCUACCCAGGGCAACCCACAGUACAGUUCUCCUGUGAACACCUUCACUGUCAGGCCUGGGACACGGCAGCCGAUUUCCUACACGUACCAAGGUAGCCAUCGAUAA